AUCAUUCUCAUUUUGGAUUCCGAUCGGGCUGGUUUGCGUUACCAGUUCUUCUUUUUGAUUGCAAUUUUUUUCGAUUUUUCGACUGAAGGAUAAACUGAAAGCUUCAAAAUGGGUUGUACCUCUGGUUGUGUAAAGUGUCUCCUUAAUAUCAUCAACACUCUAAAUGCUCUUGUGGGUCUUUCGAUGAUAGCCAUUGCCACGAUCGCCCUCUCGAAGGCCCCCCUCCUGUACAUCGCAUUCCUCUAUGGCUUGGGAGGUCUGAUCUUCGUCUCGGCUAUUUUGGGAUGCUGUGGCAUCUGCCAGGAGAACGUGUGCCUUACGGUCACGUAUGCCUUCGUGCUACUGGUUCAGCUGAUAAUUAGUUUGGUGGGCAGCUUUGGCUUGAACUUUAGCGAAAAGUACAUCGAGAAGUUUGCUGCCGAGGAGGUUCAGAGGAAGUGGGAACUGGAACUGGUGGAACCCGGCGCCAUGGACACAUUUCAACAAGUGUAUGAGUGCUGUGGUCGUGGUGGUCCUGACGACUAUGUGGACAUUGGUCGUACCACCCUUCCCAAAAGCUGUUAUCCGCAGGAGGACACCAAGAUGCCUCAUUUCUUGUCCGGCUGCGUCCAGAAGUCCAGUCAAAGCUUCGUGGUUUUAUAUAAUUAUGCCAACGACACUCACUGGGUCUCAGUGGCUAUAACUUCCUUGAUGGUGAUUGCCGCCUUUUACUUGGUUGGACGCUUCCGAAAGCAGCGCAUUCGUUACAGCUAUUAAAUACUUUUAUAGUUUUUUUAACGAAUUUUAAGAACGAAAUAUGGAU